AUUCAUGGUGGGGCAAUUGGGGGGAGGAAAAUUGUUUCAAAAAGACAGAGCUUCUUGCGAACAAAGCACUCAUAUUUAGAUCUGGACGUCCACUUGGGAUUAACUCACAUAUAAAGGCACCUUCUGGUCACGUUCUGGCAGUGAUUGACGCAUGCAAGGCGGAAGCCACAAUCUGGACUAGCCAUCUGCAUCUACCCCGUACAGUAUGGAGAUUCAGCCGAGCAACACGAACCAAAAAGACUCGGAAAGGAUAGUUGAGAAAGACUCUGUGACAGACGAGCCGAACACCGAGAUCACAGAGGCGGCGAAGGCCGAAAUCACACGUCUCACUCCAUGGUUGGUAUCUGCGGAAUUCGCGGAUAAUGGCAUUGCAAAAGGUUUAUCACGGUAUAAAAAUGACCCGAUAUUGGAUCAGAAAUUUUCCGAAUUAAUCAGUGCCCUGGAUCAACAAAAUCUAUCUCGCAAAUAUUUACUCCGCAUCGAUGGCGAACAUUCUCCAUUUCGGCUACAUAACCCUACCGACCAUGUAUCGUACCUAUACCCGCUUCAUAUACCCCGUGGCGCUUCCCCGAUAGCGUACGAGUGGUCAAGCGACUCAACUUUUCGAGAGCUGAACGUUGGGAUGUUCGUGAAGUUCAAUGAACCAAUGUUCAUUAAGGGGGAGUUUACUUUUCUCUUGAUUUCUGUGGCCAUGAAAGUCGCCAAAAAGGGCAAGGAUGGUCCGGACCCAAACCAAGUCGAUCGUUAAGCAAAGCGUCAGUGGGCUGGAGGAAGGGUUUGAUUCCAUAGAAGCAUGUCAUGACCGACUUUCUGUAAGCGAAGCAUCAAAGUCAGUGAGAUUAAUAUCGGUAAGGUCGUCGAGAAAGAUAUCGGUAAAGUCAAGAUUGCCAAGAUAGAGAUCAGUAAAGUCAAGGUUGUCAAGAUGGAUAUCGGUAGGGUCAUGGCUAUUGAGGUUGACAUUAGUGUAUGAAGCAUCGCCGUUAAGGAAAGCAUCGUUCGUUGGCGCUGUCAGAGCUUUUGGGUUUACA